CGAAGCGAGGCGCUGCAAGUCCCGGGCAGACGAGCCUGCCCGAGCCCACCCCCGGCGAGGCGGCGGCGGGAGGCCGGCCCGGAGGAGGCGCCCCAGACGGCGACGCCUCCCGCCCGCCGGGGGAAGUUUGCGCUUCAAUCACAGCGCGGGCUUCGCCGUCGCCUCAGCCUGCGGGACGAAGCGGCAGGCGCCGGCCGGAGCGGGCCGCGUCCCCGGGGCAGCGGGCCGGGCGGUCGCCGCGCUCGGCACAGCGGGCACCGCGGCCAUGGGCGGCUCGGCCUCCAGCCAGCUGGACGAGGGCAAGUGCGCCUACAUCCGAGGGAAAACUGAGGCUGCUAUCAAAAACUUCAGUCCCUACUACAGUCGUCAGUACUCUGUGGCUUUCUGCAAUCAUGUGCGCAGUGAAGUAGAACAGCAAAGAGAUUUAACGUCACAGUUUUUGAAGACCAAGCCACCAUUGGAGCCUGGAACUGUUUUGUAUGAAGCAGAGCUAUCACAGUUUGCUGAAGACAUAAGGAAAUGGAAGGACAGAUAUAUUGUGGUUAAAAAUGAUUUUGUUGUGGAGAGCUAUGAGAACAAAGAGGCCUACCAGAGAGGAGCUGCUCCUAAAAGCCGAAUUCUUCCAGCUGGUGGGAAGGUGUUAACCUCAGAAGAAGAAUAUAAUCUGUUAUCUGAUAAGCAUUUCCCAGACCCUCUGGCCUCCAGUGAGAAGGAGAACGCUCAGCCCUUUGUGGUCAUGCCGAAGGAAUUCCCGGUGUACCUGUGGCAGCCCUUCCUCAGACACGGCUACUUCUGCUUCCGCGAGGCUGCUGAGCAGAAGAAGUUUAGCACUCUCUUGAGUGACUGCAUCCGGCAUCUAAAUCACGAUUACAUGAAGCAGACGACAUUUGAAGCCCAAGCCUUCUUGGAAGCCGUGCAAUUCUUCCGACAGGAGAAGGGUCACUACGGCGCGUGGGAAAUGGUCACAGGGGAUGAAAUCCAGGUGCUGAGCAACCUGGUGAUGGAGGAGCUCCUGCCAACCCUGCAGACAGACCUGCUGCCGAAAAUGAAGGGGAGGAAGAACGACAGAAAGAGGACCUGGCUCUGUCUCCUGGAGGAGGCCUACAACCUGGUCCAGCAGCAAGUUUCGGAAGGAUUAAGUGCCCUGAAGGAGGAAUGCCGGGCUCUGACAAAGGGCCUGGAGGGGACCAUCCGCUCAGACAUGGAUCAGAUUGUGAACUCAAAGAACUUCUUAAUUGGAAAGAUCAAAGCGAUGGUGGCCCAGCCAGCAGAGAAGAGCUGUGUGGAGAAUGUGCAGCCGUUUCUGGCGUCCAUCCUGGAGGAGCUCAUGGGCCCAGUGAGCUCCGGAUUCAGGGAAGUACGCGCACUCUUUGAAAAAGAAGUGGAUGAGCUCAGCCAGAGCUUCCAGACCACCAACGACAGCGUCCAGCUAAAGGAGAAUCUAGACCGGCUUAUGAAUCUUCCACUGGAUUCUGUGAAGAUGGAACCUUGUUACGUUAAAGUCGACCUGCUUCAAGAGCGCCUGCAGGAUCUCAAGAGCCGCUUCCGAUUCCCCCACGUUGACCUGGUGGUGCAGAGGACGCAGAACCACAUGCAGGAGCUGAUGGAGAACGCAGUGUUCACUUUUGAGCAGUUGCUGUCCCUGCAUCUCCAAGGAGAGGCUUCCAAAACCGCAGCUGCCAUUGAGAAGGUGAAGCUCCGAGUCUUAAAGCAAUAUGAUUAUGACAGCAGCACCAUCCGGAAGAAGAUAUUUCAGGAGGCUCUGGUUCAAAUCACUCUUCCCACCGUGCAGAAGGCUCUGGCGUCCACAUGCAAACCAGAGCUUCAGAAAUACGAGCAGUUCAUCUUUGCCGAUCAUACCAACAUGAUCCACGUUGAAAAUGUGUAUGAGGAGAUUUUACACCAGAUCCUCCUUUAUGAAACCCUGAAAGUGAUAAAGGAAGCUGCUGUCCUGAAGAAACACAACUUGUUUGAAGACAACGUGGCCUUGCCCAGUGAAAGCGUGUCCAGCUUAACGGAUCUAAAGGUCCCGGCAGGGUCCAACCAGGCCAGCCCUGCCAGGGGAGCCCCUGCCCUUCUGCCGGGAGCUCCGGGGGGUGAGACCCUGAGUAGUGAGGUUUUCCAGGAGGUGGAGGAGGAGCAGCCUGGGGUCCCCACAGGAGAAAGCCCUCCCCCAGGUGGGGCCGGGCAGGUGAUUGUCUCAGGACUGGGUGGCCCUGUUGUGACUCCCGCGGCUGCCGAGGACACGGCAGGGCCCUUGGGCACACACCGCUCGGAGCUGGGGUCUGCAGGGGCCCCUGAGGACGCAGAGCCCACCCGUGAGGAGCCAGAAUCCGGCUCUGCCUCGGGCUCCUUGAAGGAGCUCAGGAAGCUGUUGACGGAGACCGUGGAAGUCCCGGUGGCAUCUGUUCUAGCGACUGGGAAAGAUGCGAGUGGGGAGACCCUCGUUCCCCAGGAAAAUGAGAAAGGAGAGGAGCAAACCCAGAUCUCCACCGAGGCCCCCCAGGCGGCUGCCUCCGCUCCGGACAACCGCGAAGGGGGUGAAGGCGGCGGGACGGAGGCCCGACCUCCUCCCCUGGAGGCCGAGGCCGGUGGCGGGGCGGCCUGCGGGGGGCUCCCCGAGGGUGCGGGCUGCCCAGGCCCCCCAGAGGAGCCGGCUGAGGCUGGGGGGCCCGCAGGGGGGGCUUCCGCGCUGGCCCCCCAGGAGGGCGGAGAGGCCGAGGGUGCGGUGGCGGGAGAGGCCGCGCUGCAGGAAGGGUGCGUGCUGGGGGCUGGCCCCGUCUGUCCCCCUGACAGCCAGGCCACUGAGGGGCAGGAAUCGAUGGGAGGGGAAAGCAGCGCUUGCCAGGUCCCGACCCCCCCGAGUGCAGAGGGGAUCAAGCCUGCCCGUGUUCACGAGUGCCAGUGGCUGGUGGAGGACGCUCCCGACACCGAUGUCCCGGCUGCACAUGAAGAUGAUGACACGAGGGGGACAGCAGGUGCUCCGGAGAGUUCCCCAGAGCAGCCCGCGGAAUAGUGAGAGGGACGAUUUGGCAAAAGUCUUUCCUUGACAAAGCCAAUCAAAGGGUUAUAGUUAUGGGCACACUUAGGGGUUGCAUGUGAGUUGUUACCAAACAAAAAUUAUUAAUAAUCUCCUUAAUUUGAAUACUAAAAGCAGAGGAAACGCACCCAGGGCGUGAGGACCGAGGCAAACCUUUGUGGAACUGAGCUGUUCUCCCCUGCGUUAUUGCUCUAGUGUUUCAACAGGAAUGACAAAGGCAGUGGCGGGCUUGGGUUGGGGGAGCCGGGGUGUCUGGGGGGCAGUGGUACUGCAGUGAAGACGGAGAAGACAGUCAGAGCACAGUUUUCAACACGCUCUGCACGUUUCCGUGGUGCACUAUUCUUACGCACUUCAAGGCUUUUUAAUUUAGUGUAUGGAUGCAAAUGUGUACUGCGACUCUAGCUGCACCAUCUACUAUACCAACUUCACCGUCUCUUCAGGGCUCAGCCUUUGUCCACAGUCAGGCUGCAAGAACGAGUAGUUCCAGUAGUUCGAGUAGUUAGUUCGUGAGCAGUCACCCCUGCCGGGCGCAGCCACACAGAGCCCAGGGCCCCACAGAUGGAGAGAAAAGCUGAACAGGAAUGGAGGGAGGAAGGUGUGGGCUGUGGGAUUGGCUGGCUUGUUACUAAUCCUGCUAUCACUUUCUCAUUAAUUAAUCUUGUUGAUUCUUAAGAAUUAAUCACCUUUUAAGAAAAUUCAGAUGAGGCAAGAAAAUUUCCUUGGUGUGUGGGAGCCUGACAGCAUUCCAGAUUAGCCUUAGCCGGUUAAGCGAAGGGCUUAACUAAGUUGUCAAGCCUAAAGCCUAGCAAUUAAACAAACGUUGUUUGAACAGCUACUGCACACCUCGUACUGUACUGGGCUUAGUAAUAAUAAUAAAAAAAAGAUAAGGUGCUUGUUCUAGUAUGCAUUAAAAGGCCCCAGGGAAUUUGAUCUAGAAGAGAAAACAUGCUAAGUUUCCAACAAUGACAGCUUUCUCUCUUUCCAUUCAAACAGUCCUGAUUCAUUCCCAGAAAGGAACAAAAUGAAUAAAUAGAUAAAGACAAAAGCCAAGGUAUAUACCAUCAAGUUCCAAAAAUGUUACCUAAAGUAGAAAUCAUUUGUUUGGUCAUUCAGCAAGUUAAUCGAGUCCCUGUUACGUACCGAGCUCUAGGGAUACUCUGGGUACCACGGCGAGAAAGACUCUGUUCUUUCCUCCUGGAACUUACAUGCUAAUGGAAAUAGACACAAAUACAUCUUCUAAAUUGAUCAUGACCUAUAACCAUUAAUGUUAAAGAUGAAAUGGACUUACUUGCAGAAGAUUAAAAAGAGUUGUUCUAUUUAUUAUCCUUCAGAAAAAUGCCAGAUCAUUUCCCAAAAGUUUCAGUCCCAGGUACUACAUCUUGAAGUUUCUUUCCACGGAUUUUAAUAUCACAUCCCAACAUAUUGUCCUAAGAGUCUGUUUUUAUCAUCACCAUCAAGUAAGUUUAUGUCAGUGCUUUAGAGAAUUUGCCCCACAGUUCAACCAUUGAACAAGGAAUUAAAAUAUUGUCCUCCCCACCCCUUCCAUGAAGAAUUUCUUGGAUUUCUAGAUGAUAAAUAAUGAAUAACAAUCAGUGUUCAUGUGCUCACAUAUUGAAUUGUUGUAUCUUUUCAUGGGCUGUUUAUAUCCUCAUGUCUAGGAGGGAUCCCGUUGUCGGUAAAGAAGGUAGAGGCCACUUCUCCCUUGGUCCCUGCUUCACCCAGGGCCUCACUCACAUCCUGGCAUUUAGCACUGUGCAUUGAAAUUAUGUUUACUUCCUGUCUCUCCCAGCAGCUCCUGUCUUCAAGGACAGAAACUAGGGUUUAGUCAUCAGAGGCGCUUCCUGCCAGUAACCCACAGCUUUGAAUAAUGGCUUCCUACCUCCUUAAGUGACUUUAAUGUCCCCGGUGCCUAGCACAGGAGCCGCUCAGGAAACGUGGGAACUCCACACCUGGUACCCUGCUGUGCUGGGCCGACUUGGAGCUUGCUGUCAGGCAGGGAGACAGACGGUUUUUAAUUGAACUUUCUGCUCUUGUUGAGUCUUAAGUCCAAAGUCCAAGGAGCAGACUGCCAGCUGCACUGCCCAGCAAGGCAGGGAGCCAAAGGCGCAGUGCCUGGCCCUACAAACACUGCCCUUCUCUCCGGGACAGGCUGACCCCACGCUGGAGUUUCCCAGCUUCCUCCCUUUGCUCACCUCAGGGCUUCUUGCACCCCCUGGAAAGCCAAGAGAUUUUUUUUCAACCCUAAAAGAAAGUGCAUUUUGCUACAUUGGAUGGAUGAACAUCAGUGCCCUUCCUUUAUCCAUCCUGCGGGCCAGCGAGGACCGGGCACUAAGUGGCAGGACACACUCAAGAACACGGUCCAAGAAUUUUUCUGGGCAUAUUUCACAAAAGGCAAGGUCUCUAGAAUAAGCAAGACGAUUGUUUCAUUUGAAGAUGGAACAGGAAACUAAAGUGCAUUGAAAAUAUUCUGUAUUCAUUUUAACAUAUGGAAUGGAAUGACUUCCUAUUACAGUGAGUUUAUCUUGCUUUUUGUACAGAUUUGUAUGUGCUGCUUCAGUGAUUUCCAGAUUGGAGCAAGGUUAUUGUGAUCUAAAUGAGCAGUACAGAAAACCUUUGUGUGCUGCUCUGGGGAUCUCUCCAAUGGGCAAAGACAUUAGAAAUGCAUAAAACCUUAAGACAUGGCUUUUGGCUAAAACUUCAUGACUUUAAACUAGUUAUGUUACUAUUGACCUUUCACAAAGAAAGAAUAUUUUCCUUGAAAAAAAAAAUGAGCUCACUUUUCCUUUGUAGCUUGGAACAGAGACAGUAGUGCCUUGCAUUGUGUAGUGUAAACUCUCUUUUCAAAAAAAAAAAAUGGAUUUUGGAGACUACAAAAAUAAGAUUCCAAUUUUUCCAAAAGCUUUCCAACCUUAUGCAUUUUAUUAUAAAGAUUCUCAAGUCUGGUGUUGUAAUCAUUCAUAUCAGAGCUAGUCAUUUCAAAGGGUUUCACAAUUCUCCCAGACAAAAGUGAUUUUAAUGCAUUUUAACAAGUGCUAAGUGAUAUGUGCUACAUAGCAAUGUUAAUACGGGAAGGAAGGACAUCACUGACUUAAACAUAAGUUGGCAACAUGUGCCAUCUUAUUUUACUAUAAACACACAGCCUUCUACAGUCUGCAACUUCAAGAAAAGAAAUCUACACUGUGGCUUGAUUUUUCUGGUCACUAUAUAAAGUAAAUACUUAAGACACUUUGUAACCACGUAUUUACUUUGUCAAGUGCCUAUAGUCUAAUAAAAUAUUUGUCCUUGAA